CACAUAGGUCUGCUGAGAGUCUCCAGCACUGAGGGGGUAGGAACAUGGUCACGGUCAAUAUUGCUGCUUUGAAUUCGCUUAAAGUUACAAGUUCAACCAAAAAAAAAACCUCCUGUUGGGUAACAUUCAAAAGGAAUAGGACUGCACGGGAUCGCAAUGAAAUAAUUAAUGUAUAUAUAAGUUAAUUCCCUCCAAAUGGAAAUGCCUGUGAAAUUAGUCACACAGGCAGAUCCGAAUCCCCUCAGCCACUCCCAAAUUCCCUCCCCUUGUAACUCCCCCCUGUCAAACCUUUUAAACAUUCGAGCACAGUUACACAGUCAGGGAGGGGAGCACCGAACUUGCAUGCAACUAGUUGGAGUCCCCCCCCCCCCCCCGCGUGCAUUCACUGGAAAGUUAUUUUGCAAAAACUGCUGCAGCAAAACAGUGGAGUUCUUCUCUUAUCUGCUUUCCAUCUGUGUCAGACGCACUGACAAUGAACUUCAAGCCGUCUCGUUCCAUGUAAAAGCGGACUGCGAGGAAUUCCAAACUUGCUCGGCGGACUCUCAGCAUUUCCUAUAUUCGUACAGAGUAGGGCUUUGGUGUGUGUGCGCUUGUGUAGAGAGUCGACUCACCAUUUAACAUGCCAGAUUUUCACACCUUGGCUUUGCUUCGUUUAAGCGACUUGUCCGUAUGAAGGCAUGAAAAUCCUGGGGGUCGUGGUUUUAUUGACAGGACUCCUGGCUAUAGAUAUCUGUAAAGCCUUGAAGGUCAUUGUAACCCCAGGGCCUGUGGUGGAGUUCACUGAAGGACAACGGGGCACCCUAUUCUGUCGAAUAUCUCAACAGAAGAGGAGGAACAGUUACUUAUCUCUGGUCUGGCUCUUUUCAAAUUCACUGUAUGACAAUCAAAGGAUUCUGAGGUUGAAUCGAACAGGCCACGUGCAAGCAUUCCGUAACUGCAGGGAGCAUCGAUGUGAGCUUCAGUUCUUCGAGCAGGGCUUGGCCAAGGUUUACGUUUUGAUCAUCAACAAAUUUCACAACAGUGAUGAAGGACAGUACAGAUGUAAGGUGCAGGAAAUUGCAAACCUAAAUAGGAGAUGGCUCUCGAUAUCUAAUGGCGAUAACGCCACGGAAGUGAGAGUGCGUUUACCACAGACAACUACUGUGAUCUCGAAGAGUACAAGUGAAAGUUGGACACUUUUUGAAGAUCCAGUUCUGGAAACUUCCACUGUAUUGAUUUCCAAGAAUCCGAAGGAAGGACGGACAAUAUUUGGAGAUCUGUAUCUUUAUGUAACAUUGGUGUGCUCCCUGGGGAUUAUAUCGAUGAUGCUUUUCGCAGCCAUUAUCGUUUGUCAGACUUUGAAAAACAGGAAGAAAACAAGAGGGAGAAAAUAUUUGACAAAGGGUCCCAAUAGCAGUUCAGGAGAAACAGUGAUGAGUACGGGAAGCACGUCACUCCUACAACCCAAAUCGGAAAAGAAAAAGAUUGUAGUGCAAGACCCGCCACCUCCAAUUCCAGUUAAAAGCCCAACAAGAAACACCUCAAAUAAGAAAAAGUUUUUGAAGAAGCAGGAUGCAAAAUCCAUUCUGCCACGAAUUGUGGAAGACAGUCUGACAUAUGCCGAGUUGGAAUUGGUGCCAACACAACCAAGUGCCCCAAGCAACCCAACGACAGCAAACUCCCAGGGUCCCACUACAGUCUACGCCAAAAUCCUUUUCUCAGAAAACCAGGAUCAAUGAGCUCCAGCUGGAAGAGCUGCAGGAAACACGCGACCGAACAAUGUUUAAUGAACAAUCAAGCUUAUUUGUGACUUCAACGAGACUUGAGACCUGGUUGCUGGAUGCCUUUCUUGUAUAUAAACCUGUAUGGCACAGGCAGCCUGAGACUACAGGGAGCUGGGCUAUCUUAUCCCCACUCUAUCAAUCGACAGGAACUUGAUCCGCCAAACCAUGUGCACAAGUUGAGCACAUUGGGCCAGUUUCUCAGUCACUGCCCCCACGUCGAGGAGGAAUACGCAGAUUUUGGACCUGCGCUGUCAAACUGCACCUUCUAUCGUUUCAUUGCACUAGGAUCAAAACGGGGAAAGAUGAAGCCUGAGGCCUAGGACACCUCCUCUUCCUGAGUCACUGAAAGACUAAAGGGGGAGAAGAAGGAUGCAUGUGCAUUUGUAAGAGUGUAAAAUAAUUUAAUGGGUGGAAACUUAGACUAAGGCUUGAAUUAAUUAUCUUUUUUUGGGAAGUAAUUAUUUUCUGUGUUAACAAGUGAGUGAAGGAGUAGGCAAGCAAAUUUGAGUGCAUGCUAGUGUGUGUGUAAGUGAAUAUAUCAAAUGUUAAGAUUUUUUUGAUAAAUGUUCUUGUGAUGUUUUACUAUCUUAGAAACAAUAUAUACAUUAAGUGAGGGGAAGGGGAUGGUGAGUUGAAUGAAUAAAUGGAAAAAGACUGUCUUUCUUCUCACAGAUAUGGGCAUCACUGAUAAAACCAACAUUUUGUCACCCAUCUUUCAUUGCCCUUGAGCUGAGUGACCUGCUAGGCCAGCUCAGAGGGCAAUUAGGAUUCACCCACAUGGUUCUGGAGUCACGUGUAGGCCAGGCCAAUAAGGACAGCAGAUUUCCUUCCUUAAAGGAUGUUACAUUUUACAACAAUUGAUACAGGUUGACACAGUUACCAUUUCUGCAACUUGCCUUAAUUCCAGAUUGGCCAAUUUUAAAUUUCACCAGCUGCCUUGGUGAGAUUUGAGUCACAUUACCACUAUGCCAUGGUUAGACAGGAGCUGUUGGAUUUUGAAUGUGGCAGUGAAGGAACAACGAUAAAGGACAGUGUGUGGUUUGAAGGAACCACACAGCUGGUGGUUUUCCCACAUUCUAAGAACCAGAGGUAAAGGGUUGCAAGUUGGUGCAAAGUCGGUGGUGAAAUGCUCUUGGGACUGUUGGCGAAUGUUGAAGGUGGUGGAUGUGAUGCCAAACAAGCGGCUGCUUUGUCCGAGAUGGUGUGGAGCUUCUUGAGUGUUG